AUGGUUCCGAGGGCCCGGUGCGGCGUGGUGGCGGGUGGCAGUGGUGCUGUUGGGCGCAGGGGCAGGGCGGAAAUCCUGUACUUGUCGGAAGGGAGCGUUCUUACAGAAAGGCCCGCAGGCUGCUGGGUUAAUGCAUGCUACAAUGAAUUCAAAGAGGCGGAGGCCAAAAAGAGUCUCCAGCUGAAGUCAAGCCACGACGGAAAUGGACGCAAGUUCCAGGAGCCGUUAUGGAUCUUCUGGAAAAGAGUUGAGGCGGACUGCUGGCCUAAUGCUUCAGGCCAAAGCUCCAACAAAGUCGCCGUAAUCAACACGGAUACGGCCACCAAGAAGCCUCUCGACGCCCCGCACACGAUGAUCUGA